AUGUUGAAAAUUCAGUGUAAAAAACUAAAAAGUACUAUAAACCAACAAGAAUUAUCGAUUAUGGCCGUUAAUAAUAUGGCGGCGUUAUUUCGAGUUUCACCGCUGGUUCGUAGUUAUUCCCUCUCCCUCCACCGCCACUCCCGUAAUCUAGCUUUCCUUCCGGUGCAACACCACCGCAUCAUUCCGGCUCGCCUGCAAUCCUCGGCUGCCGGUGCCACCAACUCCGGCUACAAGCGCCUCUUACAACCAGUAGCGUCACUCUCCCCGCUCUACACCCUCAAGCCCUACCUCCGCUCCGAAUUGCGACCCAUCCUCUCCGGUUGGGUGUGCGGCGCAAUUUCAGUCUACUCUCUCACCCAAAUUGUGCCCAAGGUGGGGACAUUGUCGUCCACAAUCCCCACGUUAGAUGCCUUGACUCUCCGCAACCAGGCCGUGGGCUUGGGAGUUCUCCUUUUGGUUCGAAUUGUCGCGAGCUACUUGCAACAGGCGUUUUUAUGGGACGCUGCGCUGAAUUGCGCAUACAAGAUUAGGAUUUUUGUGUAUGAUAAGGUUUUACAGAGGGAGUUAAGUCUUUUUGAGGGUGAGAAUGGAGCUUCUGCUGGAGAUGUUGCUUACAGGUUAACUGCAGAGGCCUCUGAUGUAGCGGAUACUGUCCACUCGGUCUUAAAUACCACUGUGCCCAGCUUUAUGCAGUUAUUUGCAAUGGGUGCUCAGAUGAUACUGAUCAGUCCAAUGCUGUCCUUGAUAACGGCUUUGGUGAUUCCUUCAAUGGCGCUUGUUGUUGGAUACCUUGGUGAAAAGCUUCGUGGGAUAUCCAACAAAGCACAUCUCAGCACUGCUGCGUUGUCAGCCUAUCUGAACGAGGUUCUGCCAUCAUUUCUUUUUGUGAAGGCAAAUAAUGCAGAACUCUGUGAAAAUAUUAGGUUUCAGUUGCUUGCUUCUGCUGACCUCUCUGCUACAUUAGAAAAGAAAAAGAUGAAGGUCUUAAUUCCUCAUAUAGUGCAAGCGAUUUAUUUUGGCCUACUGUUCACACUUUGUACUGGCUCGGCGGUAGUCUCAAGAGGUUCCUUUGACUUCUCGGCAAUGGUUUCUUUCAUAACAUCAUUGUACCUGUUGAUAGAGCCAAUCCAGGGUAUAGGAAAGGCAUACAAUGAGCUAAAACAAGGAGAGCCAGCUAUAGAACGCUUAUUUACUUUGACGAGGUUCACAUCUCAGGUGAUUGAGCUGCCAGAUUCUGUUGUUUUGGACCACAUCAAUGGAGAAGUGAAGUUUUCUGGUGUCUCCUUUAAAUACGUUGAAAGCACACACUCUGUGUUGAAUAAGGUGGAUUUUCACAUUAAAGCUGGAGAAACUAUUGCUCUUGUUGGACCAUCAGGUGGAGGAAAGACAACAAUUGCAAAACUUCUUCUUCGACUAUACGAUCCUCUUUGUGGUUGCAUAUUUAUAGAUGGCCAUGAUAUUCGAAAAAUACAGUUGGAGAAUUUGAGGAGACACAUUGGCCUCGUCUCUCAAGACACAAUGCUCUUCUCAGGGACAGUUGCUGAAAAUAUAGGGUACAGGGAUUUAAUGGCUGAUAUUGACAUGGAGAAGGUUGAAUUUGCUGCUAAAACUGCAAAUGCAGAUGAAUUCAUUGAAACACUGCCAGAUCGCUAUCAAACCAACAUUGGACCCAGAGGUUCAAUAUUAAGUGGAGGCCAAAAGCAAAGGCUAGCUAUAGCAAGAGCAAUUUAUCAGAACCCAUCCAUUUUGAUUCUGGAUGAAGCCACUUCUGCUUUAGACAGUAGGUCCGAGCUACUUGUUAGACAAGCUUUGGAACGUCUGACAGAAAACCGCACUGUGCUGGUAAUUGCCCAUCGUCUGGAAACGGUUCUCAUGGCGAAGAGAAUCUUACAUUUGAAUGAUGGUAAACUGGAAGAGCUAAGUCGGUCAUCUGUCCUAGCUGCUCAACGCUCAUCAUCACUAGCAUCAAUGUCUAUCGUAAUUUGA